UGGGGAUGUGGGGAACCACCAAGGUGUGAUCUGUGCCAGCUCCUGGGCAGCCCUUCCCCUGCUGUCCCACUGGGUUGGGACCCUGCAGAGGGAUUAACUCUCCUGUUGCAGGGGUAUCAGCUUUGCUUUCUGAGGACUUGAAUCUUUUGUGCUUGCAGACCGCAUGCCUCAUUCUCCUCUGCAAACAUCUCUCUCACCUGUGCGAGGCUGUUCAUCACCUGCCUGGUAUGCAGGGGAGAGCUCCUGCUUCUGGAAGGUGCCAGCACCUCAUGUUUCUUUGUCAGGGGAGCUACUAGCCUGCAUUUUUCCUUUCCACACCCUUCACAAGUGGAUGACAGAGGCAACCACCCUGGGAAAGGGGAGCUCCCCAUGCCCUGCGUGCCUUCUCUGGGGGACGGGAGUUCCCCCAUGGAUGUGUGGGAGCCCAGCAAGGGUACUCAGGGCCAGGAGACACCUCAGGGGCCAGGAGACACCUCAGCACUGCUGGGCUCGGGUGGGUGCUGGAACUACGCAGUGCGGUGCCCCCGUACAAUGACUUAUUACCAGAUCUCGGGAGUUUUAUCAUCCCCAGGACAGCCCAAUGCUGAGGGCCCUGUGUAUCCUUCCCUCUCCCAGCUCCUGACCGCUGCCCUUUAUAAGGGCCUUGUUGCCUCUAACACAGAAGGUGAAAAGUGUCUCGGGCUCUGAAUGCGUUACUGAUGUGUGCUGGGCUUUGAUGUCCACAACCAGCUGCUUAUGGGAAGAGGAAGUCCCUUGAUUUCAAAGGAGAAGUGCUCGUCUAAGCUGUGAAGUCCCUAUUUUCUGGGGGGUUUUUGAACCUGUAAGACGUCACUGCAGUGGCUGCUGUCACCAAAGGCACACGCGGGGCGUUGAGCAGGAACAUGCGCCCUGGCAGGAGGGCCCGAGCUUUUUCAGAUCGCACCACGGCUCAGGGUGAUGUCAAACGCUCCUCGGUUCAGGAAGCCUUACAGGCACUGUCCUCGGCAGUGGUGCCUUGAAGAAAGGCGUCGCUGCGGCUGCUUUUCUCCGAUCCUUCUACUGGUGUGACCUCCUUGGUCCUUCAGGUGUGUUUCGUGGAACAAGAGGAGACUGAGCUGUGAUUGACCCAGGAGGUCCUGGACAGUGGCUGAGGAUGGGUGAGGAAGGCCCUCCCAGUUUGGAGUACAUCCAGGCCAAGGACUUGUUCCCCCCAAAAGAGCUUGUAAAGGAGGAAGAGUCAUUGCAGGUCCCGUUCACUGUGUUGCAGGGCGAGGGGGUAGAGUAUCUUGGCCACGCAAAUGAUGCUGUGAUCGCCAUCUCCAACUACCGGCUUCAUAUCAAAUUUAAGGAUUCUGUGAUCAAUGUGCCUUUGAGGAUGAUGGAGAGUGUGGAGUGUCGGGAUAUGUUCCAGCUUCACAUUGUCUGCAAGGACUCCAAAGUGAUCAGGUGCCAUUUUUCCACCUUUAAGCAGUGCCAGGAGUGGCUGAAGAGGCUAAAUCGAGCCAUUGCCCGCCCUGCGAAGCCUGAGGACCUUUUUGCAUUUGCCUACCACGCGUGGUGCUUAGGAGUCUGUGUUGAUGAGGAGGAUCAACAUGCCCAUCUCUGCCGUCCAGGAGACCACGUAAGAUACCGAUUCGAGAUGGAGCUGGUGAGGAUGGGCUUUGACUUGCAGAAUGUCUGGCGAGUCUCUGACAUCAACAACAAUUACAAGCUUUGUUCCAGUUAUCCCCAGAAGCUGCUGGUGCCUGUCUGGAUCACGGAUAAGGAGCUAGAGAAUGUGGCUUCAUUUAGGUCAUGGAAGAGGAUCCCUGUGGUUGUGUACAGACAUGUGCGCAAUGGGGCAGUGAUUGCACGCUGCAGCCAGCCUGAAAUCAGCUGGUGGGGCUGGCGAAAUGCUGACGAUGAGUAUCUUGUGACAUCUAUUGCCAAAGCCUGUGCCUUGAACCCUGGAAUAAAGGUACCUGGUGGCAUGCCACACAAUGGAAGCAGUGAUGGCAGCGAGGCCUGUGAGGCUGACUUCGACUCGUCCCUGACCGCAUGUUCAGGUGUGGAGAAUGCGGGAACUCCUCAGAAGCUGCUGAUUCUCGAUGCCAGAUCCUACACCGCAGCUGUGGCCAACAGAGCAAAGGGAGGAGGCUGCGAAUGUGAAGAGUAUUACCCAAACUGUGAAGUCGUGUUCAUGGGCAUGGCCAACAUCCACUCCAUCCGCAACAGUUUCCAGUAUCUGCGUGCUGUUUGCAGCCAGGUACCAGACCCUAGCAACUGGCUUUCUGCCCUGGAGAGUACCAAGUGGCUGCAGCACCUUUCUGUCAUGCUGAAGUCAGCGGUGCUGGUCUCCAGUGCAAUUGACAGAGAAGGGCGUCCAGUGUUGGUUCAUUGCUCAGACGGCUGGGACAGAACUCCACAGAUUGUAGCACUGGCAAAGAUUCUUCUGGACCCUUACUACAGGACCAUGGAGGGUUUCCAGGUGCUUGUUGAAUCAGAUUGGCUGGAUUUUGGUCACAAGUUUGGUGAUCGCUGUGGUCACCAGGAAAAGGUGGAAGAUCAGAAUGAGCAAUGUCCAGUUUUCCUCCAAUGGCUGGAUGCUGUUCAUCAGCUUCUGAAGCAAUUUCCUUGCCUCUUUGAAUUUAAUGAAGCUUUUUUGGUAAAGCUGGUGCAGCACACAUAUUCCUGCCUCUAUGGGACCUUCCUUGGGAACAGCCCAUGCGAGCGGGAGAUGCACAACAUCUACAAGCGUACCUGCUCCGUGUGGUCCCUCCUGCGGGCUGGCAAUAAGAACUUCCACAAUCUUCUUUAUAUGCCAGGGUCUGAGCAGGUGCUGCAUCCAGUGUGCCAUGUCCGAGCACUGCAUGUCUGGACAGCAGUAUAUCUCCCAGCUUCCUCCCCACAUCCUCUGGGACAGGAUGAUAUGGACAUUUACAUGCCCCCUGGAUCUCAGAGCCAGGAGUUCAGUGGCAGAUGUUUGGACAGAUUACCAAAGACAAGAUCUAUGGAUGACCUGCUUUCAGCCUGCGACUCCAGCAGCCCGCUGACCCGCACAUCUAGUGAUCCAAACCUGAAUAACCACUGCCAGGAAGUCCGGGUGGGCCUGGAAGCCAGACAUGCCACUGCUGAGGGAGCAGAGCUGCAUGUGGGAGAAGGCAGCGUGAUGGCUGCAGGCGAGGCAAGGGACGUGGAAGAGCAUCAGCAAAAUGCCCCCCUGCAAGCCAGCAGUGUUUUUAGCGGCUAUGCUGAGCAUGAAGUGCAUAGCAAGCAACAGAGCAGCUGGGCAUCUGUGCCAGCAAGCAGUGUGUCUCUGGAGAUGGAAAAGGGAAAUGUAACAUACAUGGAGGAACUGGAUGGCGCAUGUCCAGCUCCAAAUCCUUCCAAGCAGGAAAAUGUUGACAGGGUUCCUACCAGCUCUGAAAAGCAAUUAGAAACCUGUUCCCAGGAACCCUUGAAGGCUGCUGACUUUGCAUGCAGUGGAGGAGGUUGCCCCAAGAAAAACACCACCUGCCAAGACAUUCCUAGCCAGGAGUCCCUGGCACCAAGUGCUCCUUGUCAGGAGCUGGGCAUCCUCUGCCUGGAUGAAGAUAAGGGCAAAAGCAACGCUAGAAGGAAUGGACCCUGUGAGGAGCCCUGCCAGCUGGGGAGAGUCCCGCUAGAGCAAUGGCGCAAACCUAUUUCCCAGAGCCAAAGCAGCGAGUUCUCGUUCCUGGGGUCCAACUGGGACAGUUUUCAAGGAAUGGUGACAUCACUCCCCAAUGGGGAGCCUGCACCCAGACACCUCCUCUCCUAUGGCUGUUGUAGCAAGAGGUUGAGCAGCAAACAGCUACGGGUGCCUGGCCUGUGCCUCAGUAGCCAGUGGUCUGUAAGAGAAGGUGCGAAAGCCUCAGUCUGCUCUGGCCACGUUGGCACACAUUUUGCAGGCUCUGCAGUGAAGCCCAGCCGUUCAGGGCUACCCUGCCACCUGAAACAAGCAUCUGGUCCCAAGCACGUGCCGCCAAAAUGUCCUUCUCCUGUGCCUCCUCUCUACCUGGACGAUGAUGGGCUGCCCUUCCCCACAGAUGUGAUUCAGCACAGGCUGCGGCAGAUCGAGGCCAGCUACAAGCAGGAGGUGGAGCAGCUACGCAGGCAGGUGCGAGAGCUGCAGCUGCGGCUGGACAUCCGCCACUUCUGUGCCCCACCAGCUGAGCCACCCAUGGACUAUGAGGAUGACUUUACAUGUCUGAAGGAAUCAGAUGGCAGUGAUAGUGAGGACUUCUGUUCUGAUCAUAGUGAAGACUGUUUGUCAGAAGCGAGCUGGGAGCCUGUUGAUAAGAAGGAGACAGAGGUUACGCGGUGGGUUCCAGACCACAUGGCCUCACAUUGUUUUAACUGCGAUUGUGAAUUCUGGCUGGCCAAACGGAGGCAUCACUGCAGGAACUGUGGGAAUGUUUUUUGUGCCGGUUGCUGCCAUCUGAAGUUGCCCAUCCCUGAUCAGCAGUUGUAUGACCCUGUCCUCGUUUGUAACUCCUGUUAUGACCACAUCCAAGUGUCUCGUGCCAGGGAGCUCAUGAGCCAACAUCUGAAGAAGCCCAUCGCCACAGCUUCCAGCUGAAUGCCAGACAAGGGACCUGUCUAAGCCCAGCCUUUUCUCUCAUGGGUUUGUAGGGUGACUCUGCCUCCACUGUAAUUGUGAAGGCCUUUGGUGCAACACUUAAACACCAAGCUUGAAUGCACUGUCUUCAACAGUCUUACUAUCAGUCUGGAGCAGAGGAGCUCAGAUUGGAGUACGGUGUGUGUCCCCACUCUGGUACCAGUGGGCCCGUACAUUGUAGUCUGAUUACCUAGGGCUAAAGAGGGGAUUGCAACCUCUUUCUUUUGUGGGCUGGAAAGCAAUGUUUUCACAGAUAUUGCCUGUGCAAAGUACCCCCAAAGCAAUAGAAAGGCAUGUUUAGAACCAAUUCCCCCAACAAAGGCAAGCUGCUGUACAAGGAAGAGGGCAGACUCUAGGUGGUACCAUGUGCUUUGAAAGGGUCUCAGCCUGGAGCAGGUCUGUAGAUUCUCUUUCCAUGAGUGUGAUUUGUGAUCAGCUUGGUGAACAAGACUCAUUAGCCAUCACUAAUUGAUUUUCUCUUGAGCAUUGAAGAGAAAUUCAUUCUGGCUGAAAACGGGCUGAGCAGAUUUCACCCGUUUUCAUGCUCCACUAGGAUUGGUGAAUGCACUUGACUGUCCCUGCCCUGCAACAAUGUGGGGAGAUGGGAGAUUGGCUUUUUCACUUCCUGCUCUGCCCGUCUGCUUUGUCUGCAGUAGUGUCACAGCCUGGUGCUAACACAGGAAUGGCACCCUGAUCUUCUCCUGGCAUGGAAACAGAACUUGUGUUCCUGUGUUGCUCCUCCUCCCCUUUUCUGCCCUCAGCUCUCCACUUCCUACUGCUCUUUAUCCUGAAAACUUGAUACCUUGAGGGUAUAGGCCAUAAUGUGUUGUUUUACCUCCUGGAAUGUGCUGUCUGGUGUAUGUGAGGGUUUCAGUCCAAAUGCUGCUAUAUAUUUCUGUGCACUUAAUGUAACCCGAAGAAGGGAGAAUGAAGCAGAUACCAAAAUGGGGGUGGGGAAAGACACUGGCUGACAUAGACACUACAGUCUGUGCUUUUCACUUCAGGAUGUACAACCAAGCUACAGUGAUAAACAUGACAUGUGGCAUCUGUUCAGUGGUGGAAACAAUAUCUCUGUUUUGCCCCAGUGCUACCUAAAAUGCCUCUUGAAUUUGACAUCUUUUUUUGUUGCCUGUACAGUGGUCGAAGUUCAGAGUUGCCAACUUGUAAUUGCCUCUCUACUUGUUCAUUAAACUAGAGAACGGAAAUCCCAACUCAUUCCAAAAAUAAAAAAAGUUAACAAUUGAACUGGGGUUAGGAAAAAAGUGGGCUUUGGGUGAGCUUUCUGCUUUAGGAAGAAGCGUUUGAACAUGGGACAUUUCUUUACAGAAAUGCAAUUUUCUUUCCAACAAUAUAAAAAUGUACUAUGUAUUCUGUAAUAUGUCAUGAGCUGAGACUUUAUAUGUUGGGAAGGGAGUACUUGUGAGGGCAUUUGGUCUAAUAACAAGGCAAAGUACUUCAUGCUGUUGUGAUCUCCCAGAUUUUUUGCUAUUGGUUUGUCAUCUCUAUCAGAGGGAAUGGAAUAAUGACCCUUUCCUAUACUUUGAUAUGUCAGCCUCUGGUUUUGUAAGUCCCAAUAGUGCAAGUAAAGCUAGCAUCAUCUGAAGACCCUGUGCUUACUUGGACUCUGCUUCUUUUCCAUACUGGGAACAACCAAUAUGGCUUUGGGAAGAGAAGGCACCUUGCUUCAGAUUCUCCCUUGCCUUGUACCUUGCAGUCAUUGCCAGACAUGGAAGAGUAACCAUUGGGCUGGCAGAAGAAUUUGGAUUUGUUCCUGUUUUGCACAUGUUGGAAUGACUGCAAGCAAUAAGGAAGCCAGAAACUAGGUACUCCUGGCUCUUCCGUUCAGGCCAUUAGUCCAAACUGCUUUUAGCUCUUGUGAGUUUCAGUGUCACAAUGUGCUGGCCAAAAACUCUAAAAUCAGUUUGAUAGCAUUGUGACAAACAAAAUGUGCUGUACAACUCAAUACAAUUGAAAUAAAAUCUCUAUAUUAGUG